GAUCAAGCGGUUGUUUCGUGAGGUGCAGCACACCAUACGGGCUGGCCAACCCCCCAAAAUCUUGACCCCGGAGGAGCAAGAGAAGAUGAGGACAGCGUGUCGGCUCGCACGCGAAGUGCUUGACACUGCUGCAUCUCACAUACGACCCGGAAUCACCACCGAUGAGAUCGAUGAAGUUGUGCACAACGCUACCAUCGAGCGCAACGCUUAUCCCUCCACACUGAAUUAUAGAAACUUCCCCAAGUCGGUCUGCACUUCUGUCAACGAAGUUAUUUGUCACGGUAUCCCAGAUCAAAGGAAGUUGCAGGAGGGAGAUAUCAUUAACAUUGACGUGACACUGUAUUACGAUGGGUUCCACGGCGAUCUGAAUGCAACAUACCCUGUGGGUCGCAUAGACGAGGAGUCCACCAACCUCAUACGUACAGCUCAUGAAUGUCUGCGAAACGCAAUCCACCUUUGUAAACCCGGAGCCCUUUUCCGAGAUUUGGGCAAGGUCAUCGAGCCACACGCAAGACAAGAAGGUUGCGCCACUGUGCGACAAUAUUGCGGCCAUGGCAUCAAUGACCUCUUCCAUUGUGCUCCGAAUGUUCCACAUUACUCGAAGAAUCGAGCGAUUGGUACUAUGAAGCCGGGCAUGACAUUCACGAUAGAGCCUAUGAUCAACUUUGGACACAAUUGGGACGUAGCACAUUGGCCUGACGAUUGGACAGCAGUCACGGUAGACGGUAAACGGAGCGCUCAGUUUGAGGAAACUCUACUGAUCACCGAAACCGGCUACGAGGUUCUGACUGCGGCCAAGGGGACGGACAGAUUUAAAUAUUAAGUAUUAAAGUACAAGCUCGAGUACUUUUUGACGUACACUAGUGUCUCCAGAGAAUACCGUC